GAAGUUUCUAACAAUGAACUGGCGAUCAUAGCGAAGUGGGUGGCGCUAUUUCCCCUGGUGAUCGAGGUUGAAAUUCUUCUGUCUGAAAAAAUACGUUCGAUGACACGGCGGCGGUGGCACCGUCAGCAAGCAGUAGUCAGGCAGGCGCACACAGCUGAGCUCGCACCCCUCAACACCGAUCCAUCGUCAUCAUCGGUUUCUCACGCUGGUAUGUUCUCCAACCGAAAAGGGAACAGUUCACUCGCUACUGCCCCCCCCACCACAAAGGUUCUAACUUCGAGUCCUCGAUAGCCAUGGCGUGAGCAACAUCCACGCGGAUUUAGGUGACAUUAUUGGAGAUAAGAAACUACUACACCGAGACAACAAAGCAUUCCUCUUUUUACAUCGGGUGGAAAGACGGCAUCCGGCAUGAAAAGAAGCUCCGGGGACGGGGACACCGGUCGGAACAACGCAAAUCGUUUCUGGCCUCCCCUUCCAGAGAGCUCCAUGGAGAAGAUGAAGCGGUUUAGGAGGAGGCUGUCCCAGACUCUGAGAGGGAGUCAGACCAUCGACGAGUCUCUGUCUGAACUGGCUGAACAGAUUACUAUAGAGGAGAACGGCAUCAAAGACAGCGGUGAGGAGCCCAUGGUGAGGAACGGUCAUGGUCUCCCCCCCUCAGCCCACAGUGUUAACUCCUUCCUGCACCAGUACACUGGUCCCUUUAAGAAGCCCCCGCUACGGAGACCUCAGAGUGUCAUAGGAGGAGGAGGGCUAGGGUCUCUCAUGGCCAUGCCCCGCAACGGCAGCCGCCUCGACAUUGUCCAUGAGAACAUGAAGAUGAGUUCUGAUGGAGAGAGUGACCAGGCGUCAGGGACGAGCUCAGACGAGGUGCAGUCUCCCACAGGGGUGUGUCUAAGGAACAGGGGCAACCGACGCAUUUCCGCAGAGGAUCUGAACAAGCGUCUGUCCCUGCCUGCUGACAUCCGUAUCCCAGACGGUUACCUGGAGAAACUACAGCUGACGAGCCCCUCUUUUGACCAGCCCCUCAGCCGCCGCUCCCGAAGAGCAUCACUGUCAGAAAUUGGAUUCGGCAAGCUGGAGACCUACAUCAAACUGGACAAAUUAGGAGAGGGCACGUAUGCUACCGUGUUUAAAGGAAGGAGUAAACUGACAGACAACCUGGUGGCUCUGAAGGAGAUCAGACUGGAGCACGAGGAGGGAGCACCUUGCACUGCUAUCAGAGAGGUGUCCUUACUGAAGGACCUGAAACACGCCAACAUAGUGACCCUGCACGACAUCAUCCACACCGACAAGUCCCUGACGCUAGUCUUCGAGUACCUGGACAAGGACCUGAAGCAGUACAUGGACGACUGUGGGAACAUCCUGAGCAUGCAGAACGUCAAGAUAUUCUUGUUCCAGAUCUUGCGAGGGCUGGCGUACUGUCACAAACGGAAGGUUCUUCACAGAGAUCUGAAGCCUCAGAACCUGCUCAUCAACGACCGAGGAGAGCUCAAACUGGCAGACUUCGGUCUGGCCCGGGCCAAGUCAGUCCCCACUAAGACGUACUCCAACGAGGUGGUGACGCUCUGGUACCGGCCUCCUGACGUUCUACUGGGCUCCUCAGAGUACUCCACACCGAUAGACAUGUGGGGUGUGGGGUGUAUAUUCUAUGAGAUGUCUGCCGGGAGGCCGCUGUUCCCUGGUUCGACUGUGGAGGACGAACUGCAUCUCAUCUUUAGACUGCUGGGCACACCUACAGAGGACAGCUGGCCUGGGAUCGCUUCCAUGGACGAGUUCAAGUCCUACAAGUUCCCAAAGUACAAGACACAGCCCCUUAUCAACCAUGCACCCAGGUUGGACACUGACGGCAUUGACCUGCUGCUUUCAUUUCUAAAAUACGAGUCCAAGAAGCGGAUGUCUGCAGACGAGUCAAUGAGACAGCCCUACUUCAGGAGCCUGGGGACGCAAGCAUACACACUGCCAGAGAGCAUAUCCCUAUUUACGCUGAAGGAGGUCCAAUUGCAGAGAGAUCCUGGCUAUAGGAACUCUAACUAUCCCGAGUCAGGCAACGGCAAGAACAGAAGGCAGAGCCUGCUCUUCUAGGUUCCUGUUCAACAGCUAACUGUAUAGUCAUACAGACAGAGAUAGUUCAGUCCCAGAGAUGGAUGUCUACUAGGGCCAGGGGGGUAGGAUACCCCCCUCCUCCCUCUGUGUGGCCCCCCCUCCACCUGCCAGGGUCCCCUAUCUACACUACAGUUUGGCCCCUGGGGUUCUGGCCCAGUGAAACUGGCCCCAUAUAAGAGACGUUUAUACAUUUAUAUUUAUUGGGGAAGAGAGAAUUUGCUGCUAAAAAUCCAACUACUGUCUAGAAGAUUCUAACUGGCUCAGUCACUUUAAAAAAACAAAAACAUGCAAUGUGUAUAGAUUUUUCAUUAUUUUGAAGUGGUGUUUUAUUCGUUUUGUGAUUUUGUCAUCAUUCAUCUCUAUUAUUUCCACCUCAAAACUCCUCUGUGUGUGUGUGAGUGUAAGACAGACAGACGGACCCCGACGGACCCUGACCCGACCGACAUCUUCGCUGUUGCAGUCUGACGUUUUGGAUUUUCUCUCACCUGUUGACGUGCAACGGGGAUGUAUUCAAACGUCAUCCAUAUUUCUGGACCUUUCAUUUCACAAGAUACUGUUGAGGCCAGUUCAGCCCUGACCAUAUCCACCUGCUGUCAACCUGAGAUACUGUACCUCCAUUUUGAUAGAAGAUAUGGGAACAGUGAUUGGCUUUGGUGAAAACAGGUUCACAUAGUUGUUAGAACUGGAGCUUCCACUGUACUGUAUUAUUUAAAUUUCAGAUAAUAUAUCAAUAUGACCUGACAAUCUAAUACCCUGCACAACGUGACUACAGUGUACCGUGGGCGAUCUGGAACGCAUGAUGACAACUCUUCUCUCUUACUGCACCAAACUUCCUGUGUCUGUCAUGAAGGGUGUGUGAGCGGAGCUGAAAUCCCACUGCACUGUCCAGCCACUGUCAUCCAUCCAUCCAUCCAUUCAUUCCCGAACCCUCCUUCAACCAUCUGUAAAAUGGUUCCUUAUUUUGAAUUGCAUUCAUCAUAAUUGUGUUGCACGCAUGCUCUGUAUGGGAAAAGAAGCACACAUACAGUCACUGAACUUCUCGGAUGCUUCCGAAAUAGCAUCCUACUCCUUAUAUAGUGCACUUCUUUUGACCGGAGCCUAUGUGCUUCUAGUCAAAGGUAGUAGAGUAUAGGGUGCUAUUUCGGAUGGAACCUUCCAAUUAUAUUCAGGGUGCUCUUAGUACUCGUCCACGGCCCAUAUUAAUGAAGCCUCUCAGAAUAGGAGUGCUGAUCUAGGAUCAGUUAUACCAUUUAUGAUCGUAAUGAAUAAGACUCUGGGUACUCGGCUCUGUGCGCUCCAGCGGCUCGGAGAAGAGACUGUGAGUAACAUUUCAUGGACAGGGAGGACCUGAUCCUAGAUCAGCACUCCUACUCAGAGACGCUUUAUGAAUACAGGCCCAGUUUUCCUAGUGAAUACAGUACUGAGUUUGCGUACGGUCUACUUAACAGUGUUACCUGUUACCUUUUAUGAUACUAUUCCGUUUAGGUUUAUUUGUGGAUCAUUGUUAUUGUUGGUGUGGCAUAUUGUUGGGAUGCCCUCCUUAUAUUUGAGCUUGAUUAAAUAAAAAAAAAUCUGAGAAAAUACAAUUAAACUGAAGAUGAAAAACA